CUAUCUUUGGCUGAAGCCUUCCUCCGUCCUCCGUCCUCCGUCCUCCUUCCAUGGCGAUGAUGUCAUUCUACUACAUUUUAUUAGCUCUGGCCUUCUUUCUCAUCUCCCUUCAUCUCCUUUCACAGAGAAAGAAAAACCUUCCACCCAAUGGCCCUCUCUGCUUACCCAUAAUCGGUCACCUCUACCUCUUCAAGCGACCAUUACACAGCACCUUAGCCCGGAUCGCCGACCAAUACGGUCCCAUCUUAUUCCUCCGCUUGGGUUCUCGCCCUGUCCUCUUAGUCUCUUCGUCAUCGGCAGCCGAAGAAUGCUUCACAACCAACGACGUCAUCUUCGCGAACCGCCCUCGUCUCCUAGUCGGAAAAUACUUAGGUAAUAACUAUAGUAGCCUCGUGUGGGCUUCCUAUGGCCACCACUGGCGAGCCCUCAGGCGCAUUGCCACCCUUGAAUUCUUCUCGCCGAGCCGUUUUGAGAUGUUCGCCGGCGUACGUGCAGCCGAGGUGCGGUCUCUAGUACGGCGUCUCUUUCUCAUCACAGGAGGAAACAGUAAGGUGGAGAUGAAGAAAAUGUUUUCUGAGUUGACACUCAAUGUGAUGAUGAGGACUAUUGCCGGAAAGAGGUAUUAUGGUGAUGACGGCGAUGACGGCGAUGUAGAAGAGCCAGAGAAGGGGAGGCGGCUCAGGCGGAUUAUGGAGGAACUGUUUGCUGUGGGCGGAUUGAUAAACGUUGGGGAUUUCAUGCCAGUAUUGAAUUCUGUUAGGUACUUUAACAAAGGGUUGGAGGAGAAGUUGGCUAAGGUACAGGAAGAGAGGGAUAAGUUCAUGCAGGAACUGAUUGAAGAGCACAGGAUGGCAAGGUCUGCAACUGAUAGUGCAGAGAGGAAGAAGACAUUGAUCGACGUUAUGUUGUCCCUCCGAGAAACUGAACCAGAGUUUUACACCGAGGACGUCAUCAGAAGCAUUCUCGAGGUAUUAAUAUCAGCUGGAGCUGAUACUACAGGAGGAACCAUGGAAUGGGCAAUGUCACUCUUGUUGAAUCAUCCAGAAGUUUUGAAGAAAGCCCAAGCCGAGAUCGACGCCUGUGUAGGACAAACCCGACUGCUCACUGAAUCGGAUCUUGCCAAUCUGCCAUACCUCCAUGGCAUCAUCAAUGAGACACUUCGGAUGCACCCGGCCGCCGGUGCAAUAAUACCACCGCAUGAAUCAUCGGAAGAAUGCACCAUAGGCGGUUUCACUGUCCCAUGUAGGACAACACUAUUGGUGAACUUGUGGGCUAUCCAGUAUGACCCUAAGUUAUGGGAAGAACCCACAAAGUUCAAGCCAGAGAGGUUUGAAAUCACAAGCACGGGAGGAGUGGGAAAGGAAGCUGGAUGCAAAAUGAUGCCAUUUGGGUGGGGGAGAAGGCGCUGUCCUGGGGAAAGCCUGGCUAUGCGUGUGGUUGGCUUGGCAUUGGGCUCACUGAUUCAAUGCUUCGACUGGGAAAGAUCUGGUGAAGAGAUGGUGGACUUGACUGAAGGAACUGGAAUCACUUUGCCCAAAGCUCAGCCACUGGAGGCAAGGUGUAAGCCUCGUGCAAUCAUGUUGAACCUUCUCUCUCAACUUUGAGACUAUGUUUGCAUGCUUCAGUUGUACCUUCCUGCACCUCCUAUUGCACUUCAUCCUAUGUCUCCCA